AACAACGAGAUGCUGCAUGCCAGCUACUUCAUAGACAGGACAGGGGGUCUGCAGAUCCGGUACGACAUGUUCCGGUGGGCGCAGGAGAAGGACCAGAACGUUAAACUGUUCCUUAACGACUACAACGUCAUCAGCUCUAGCCAAGCGACCCAGGCUUAUGUAGACCAGAUCUCUGAGUUCCUCGCUAACGGGGCGCCGGUUGGUGGUAUUGGUGUGCAGGGUCACUUCAAAAGUCGUCCUGACCCUGUUCUGAUCAAGAGUCGCCUAGAUCUCCUUGCCUCCUCCGGGCUUCCUAUCUGGGUGACAGAACUGGAUUUUACUGAACCCAACGAGUUUGAGAAGGCCGACGGGUACGAGGACGCCAUGCGGGCUGCAUUCAGCCACCCUGCCGUGGAGGGACUCCUCAUCUGGGGGUUCUGGGACCAGGCGCAUUGGAGACCAGACGCUGCGCUUGUGAACGGCGACAACUUUCAACUAAACGAGGCAGGCCGCCGUUGGCAGCGGCUUGUGUUCCACGACUGGCGCACCAACCUGUCCCUCACGGACGGCAUCGUGACGCCAGAAGGCAAGGAGUUCAUCUUCCGUGGUUUCCAUGGUAACUACGAGGUCAAGGUCAAGAACCACGGCCAGGUCGUGGCCACGAAGACGUUCUACCUACGUCCAGAAGAAGGAAGCCUUGUCAUAGAUAUUGACAUAGCCGAAGAAAGCUAGACUAAUGACAUAUCUCUUUGUGAGUAAAACCUACAUGUUUCUUUAUGUCAGGACAAUAAACUUG